AUAAGGGCAAUCCGGUAAUCUCACAUCACUCAUCAUCUCUGGCCAGUGGCCACCUUUCUAAUUCUCCGGCCCCGCCCCGACGGUUAAAACGUCGACGUACCUUUAACCUCCACAUACAUUCUUACUUAAAGAGGGAGAAGCUCUUCUGGUUUCAUCACCGGAGGCCGAGGAAUAUUCCUUUCUUCUCUACUUCUGCGAGCUACUGAGCUUCGCAAGUUUGCUUUUCUUUCAAUUUGAAGAAACCCUCGUAAUUUGGUGAGAUCUAUCGAGUUGUAGCUUCAAUGGGGGGCAAUUCAUUAGCUGGAUUACAGGAUCAUUUGAAGUUGGCUAGAGAAUACGCAAUUGAAGGCCUUUAUGAUACUGCCAUUAUCUUCUUCGAUGGUUCUGUUGCUCAGAUCAACAAGCAUGUAAGCACAGUUGAUGACCCUUUGCUUCGUUCAAAGUGGAUGAAUGUAAAGAAAGCAAUAUCCGAAGAGACAGAAGUGGUGAAACAGCUUGAUGCAGAGAAGAGGUCUUUCAAAGAGGUUCCUGUUGGUAGGCGCCCAUAUUCACCUCCGAUUUCAACCAAGUCAUCAUCCUUUGUCUUCCAACCACUGGAUGAAUAUCCAACUUCAUCUGGUCCAAUGGAUGAUCCUGAUGUUUGGAGACCACCACCAAGUCGAGACACCACAACUAGGAGGUCUGCAAGAGCAGGUCAAGUUGGCAUGAGAAAGUCCCCUCAAGAUGGAGCUUGGGCGCGCAGUUCUACCAAAACAGGAACCUCUGGCCGGGGGGGAAAAACUGGUUCUUCUAUUAAGGCUAACUCUGGGGUUCGAGCAUCAACUACAGGAAAGAAAGGGAAUGGAAAGUCUGCAAAAGCGGACUCAGUGAGUGGUGACAGUGAAGAUGGGAAGGCUAAAAAAGUGGAAUAUGAAGGUCCUGAUGCAGACUUGGCAGCUAUGCUUGAGAGAGAUGUCUUGGAAACGAGCCCUGGUGUGAGAUGGGAUGAUGUUGCAGGGUUAAGUGAGGCAAAAAGACUUUUGGAGGAGGCAGUGGUUCUCCCGUUAUGGAUGCCUGAAUAUUUCCAGGGAAUCAGGAGACCAUGGAAAGGUGUUCUUAUGUUUGGUCCUCCUGGUACUGGGAAGACUCUUUUGGCCAAAGCUGUUGCUACUGAGUGUGGGACAACAUUUUUCAAUGUUUCUUCUGCUACGUUGGCUUCAAAAUGGCGUGGCGAAAGUGAACGUAUGGUUCGGUGCUUGUUUGACCUAGCUCGUGCUUAUGCACCCAGUACAAUAUUCAUUGAUGAAAUUGAUUCACUUUGCAAUGCUAGAGGGGGUUCAGGAGAGCAUGAAUCAUCCAGAAGGGUGAAGUCUGAACUACUUGUUCAAGUAGAUGGUGUAAACAAUUCUUCCACUAAUGAGGACGGAACUCGAAAAAUAGUGAUGGUUUUGGCAGCUACAAAUUUCCCUUGGGAUAUAGAUGAAGCAUUGAGGAGGCGACUAGAAAAGCGUAUAUACAUCCCCCUCCCAAAUUUUGAAAGCCGCAAGGAGCUGAUACGGAUCAAUUUGAAAACUGUGGAGGUAGCGGCGGAUGUGGAUAUUGAUGAAGUGGCUCGAAGAACAGAGGGAUACAGUGGGGAUGACUUGACAAACGUGUGCAGAGAUGCGUCUCUGAAUGGGAUGAGGCGGAAGAUAGCCGGGAAGACUCGAGACGAGAUAAAGAGCAUGGCGAAGGACGAGAUUUCGAAGGAUCCGGUGGAAAUGUGUGACUUUGUGGAAGCACUGAAGAAAGUCCAACCAAGUGUUUCUGCAGCAGACAUUGAGAAGCAUGAAAAGUGGUCUUCAGAAUUUGGUUCUUCUUAAGGUUGAUGAAGUGUGUUGAAUCAUAUUUUGUUUUUUCUUGCUUGGUGUUUAGUAGAUGGGAAGACUCUCUUUGCUUCUCAUAAACAUACUCUCAUUAUUGAACCACCGGAAGAAAGUCCUUAAGUCCAGUGGCAGGGCGAGUAUCUCAAAGCCUGAAUGGGAAAUCAACCUCAUUUUUCUGUGGAAAUAUCGAGACAAAAAGAAUAUUUUAAUAUUCCA